AUGGACUCAAGAUCAACAUAUUCGCUCAGCGUGCUUCCGGGGUCCCUCGAUCCAGAAGACCAUCGACGCACCGAAACCCAGGCGAAGUUGAAAGAAUUCAUCCUAGCAUUUCAACUCGACGGCGCCUACAUCUACCGCGACCAGAUCAGAGAGAAUGUCCUCGUCAAGCAGUAUUAUUGCGAUGUUGAUAUCGCGCAUAUGAUCUCAUACAAUGAAGAGCUGGCUCACAGACUCACAACAGAUCCGGCCGACAUCAUCCCUCUUUUCGAGGCUGCUCUUAAGCAGUGCACCCAACGGAUCGUCUAUCCUCAACAACCCAAAAUCGACCUCCCUCAACAUCAACUUUUACUUCAUUCCUCAAUAGCUCAACUGUCCAUACGUGACCUGAACGCGACUAACGUUGCACACUUGGUCCGCAUUCCAGGUAUUGUUAUUGGGGCUUCAGUACUGUCCUCCAAGGCCACAUUACUCGCCAUUCAAUGUCGAAGCUGUGGCUAUGUAGACCACAUUGCAGUCGAGGGCGGCAUUUCGGGCGUGACGCUUCCUCGACUGUGUGGCCGUCCCAAGGCUCCCGGCACGAGCGAGCCCGGCGAGCAGUGUCCUAUGGACCCCUACUUCGUCUCGCACGAGUCAUCGCAAUUCAUUGACUCGCAAAUUAUUAAGCUGCAAGAAGCUCCUGAUGCUGUUCCAGUCGGCGAGCUUCCCCGACACAUCAUUGUCUCUGCAGAUCGUUACCUCACCAAUCGUGUCGUUCCAGGCUCGCGCUGCACAGUCAUGGGAGUGUUUUCCAUCUACUCGGCGCAAAAGUCUGGUGGCAAGAAGGACACUGUUGCAAUCCGCAACCCUUACCUGCGUGCUGUCGGCAUCACCACCGAUAUCGACCAUACUCUAAAAGGCGCACAGACCUUCACGGAAGAGGAAAUUCAGGAAUUUGAAGAAAUGUCCCGUCUCCCAGAUAUCUAUGAGCGCUUUGCCAGAUGCAUAGCCCCUUCAAUUUAUGGCAACGCCGACAUCAAAAAGGCUGUCGCUUGCCUGCUCAUGGGCGGUAGCAAAAAGGUUCUCCCCGACGGCAUGAAGCUACGUGGCGACAUCAAUGUGCUCUUGCUGGGUGAUCCUGGUACGGCGAAGUCGCAACUCCUGAAAUUCACCGAAAAGGUCUCACCCAUCGCCAUUUACACUUCUGGAAAGGGCUCCUCCGCGGCUGGUCUUACAGCCUCGGUCCAACGGGACACUCAGACGCGCGAAUUCUACCUCGAGGGUGGUGCCAUGGUCCUGGCCGACGGCGGCGUCGUCUGCAUCGACGAAUUCGAUAAGAUGCGCGACGAGGAUCGGGUGGCCAUCCACGAGGCUAUGGAACAACAGACCAUCUCCAUCGCCAAAGCAGGUAUUACGACCAUUCUCAACGCGCGCACGUCUGUGCUGGCCGCCGCCAACCCGAUCUUUGGACGCUACGACGACCUCAAGUCCCCCGGCGAGAACAUCGAUUUCCAAACCACGAUCCUCUCGCGUUUCGACAUGAUCUUCAUCGUGCGCGACGACCACGACCGGAACCGCGACGAGACCAUCGCAAAGCACGUCAUGGGCAUCCACAUGGGCAACGGAGGCAGUGCAGAGGACCAAGUCGAGGCCGAGUUCUCCGUCGAGAAAAUGAAACGCUACAUCAGUUUCUGCAAGUCACGCUGCGCGCCACGCCUGUCCCCCGCCGCCUCCGAGAAGCUCUCCUCCCACUUCGUCUCGAUCCGCAACCGCGUCGCCCAAUCCGAAAAGACGGCCAACCUCCGCUCCUCCAUCCCGAUCACAGUGCGCCAGCUCGAAGCCAUCAUCCGCAUUACCGAGUCGCUCGCCAAGAUGACCCUGUCGGCCGUCGCGGACGAGACGCACGUCGACGAGGCGAUCCGUCUCUUUUUGGCGUCGACCAUGGAUGCCGUCGCGCAAGGGGAGGGCGCGGCGGGUGCAGGUGUCGGCGGCAACAGGGAUUUGAUGGAGGAGGUGGCGAGGGUGGAGGAGGAGUUGAGGAAGAGGUUGCCGAUUGGGUGGAGCACGAGUUUGGGGACGUUGAAGAGGGAGUUUGUCACGGGGAGGGGGUAUAGUGAGGCAGCGCUGAGUCGGGCGUUGUUGGUGCUGCAGAGGAGGGAGACGGUGCGGUUGAGAAAUGGAGGGGCGCAGGUGUAUCGGAGUGGUGUGUGA